AUGUCUCGUGGCAACAGAGCCCUCAGCUGCUCUUCCGAGCCUUAUGUUUAUUAUGACCUCCUCUCGACUUUCAUCAGACAGACUCGUCCACAGACACAAACCCGGUUGCGGGAUUUCCCCACUCCCCAUCAUCAGCGUCGCCAGUUCCACGAUUAUUUUGUCACUCAUCUGCCUUCUUCCUCACUACACCCAGACUCUCGCUCUUUGACAGGUCUAGCCCACAAGUUUCCUAGAAAGGACUCGACUCCUCACACUCCAGAUGGUCGAGCAGCCCCCGCAGCUCACCCCUCCAUCAACCGAGACACGACGGUUGUUCGCAUUCCCCUGAGAAGUGCCAAACACCACUACGGUGCAUUUGUCUCUCGGGGGAGUCGACCUUACAAUGAAGAUUCUCAUCAGGCUGGUGUAAUCGAGCUUCCGGCGUUUUCCAAAAAGCCCCCUCGUUCUGUCACCACAAAUCUCCAGGCCAGCAAAGAAGGAACCUCGGCAGACAAUAUUAGCGGAGAUCCUCAGGUCUUUUACUUUGGCGUUUUCGAUGGCCACGGAGGAGCUGAGUGCAGUGAUUUUUUGCGAGAACGAUUGCACCAAUACAUAGAACAGUCGGCCGUCUCUUUCGAAUUACAGUCCAGUCUACAGAAGAAUGGCAAGAAAAACAGAGACAACGAGGUUGCCAGGGGUGCCAUAGAGGAUGCUGCGGCUGUGCAGAAAGGCAAAGCCGCUCUAGAAUCGGUAGACAUCACCAGCAUGGAUGGCCCUCCACAGAAGGGCAAGGGCAAAGAGGGAGAUGGUUCCAAGGAUGUCCCUCCUCACCCCGGUGACCCUCCCGUCAUCCAAAACGCAAAUAUUGAGAACGUCAAAACUCUAGAGAAGCAGUUGGUCAGGAACUGGAAAGAGUUGGUUGGUGGCUACUUUCGUCGGUUCAAGCCACCGUAUUUCUCCAUCUACAAUGGCAAUCAGACCUCGGAUAAUACUUCGAACGGUCAAGACCUUGCUACAGGUGCUUCGAUCGAAGAGGUCAUGACCUAUGCAUUUCUCAAGGCUGACUACGAUUUCGUGUCAGCCCAGGCAGCCAAGAAUUCGGAAAACGAAGACAACACACGGGCCGAACGACCAUUGAAUGAUGGCGACAUUCUGGACAAACCUACUCGGGUUGCCGAACACAUCGGGGGAACCAACCGAUUCAAGGGUGGAAGCACGUGUAGUAUCGCGGUAUUGUCGACUCCAUCACCCACACCAUUUUGGAAUCCCGCCACUACCUCAUCCAUGUUGGUUGCCCACGUGGGAGAUACCAGGAUUCUUCUCUGCUCUACCAUCAACGGCCAGGCGGUACCGUUGACAACCAACCACCAUCCAUCAUCUCCAGUCGAAAGCAAUCGCUUGCGUAGGUACGCGGCGACGUUUGUGACCGACUCAUUUGGAGAGGAACGGGUGUUGGGUUUGGCAAAUACCCGGGCAUUUGGGGAUAUUGCUUCCAAGCGGAUUGGUGUUAGUGCUGAACCUGAGAUUCGACGGGUAGAGAUCGGAGCUGCCGAAUACUCCUUCAUGGUAUUGAUAUCAGACGGGGUUUCCGGUACGCUUGACGAUCAGGAAGUGGUGGACAUUGUGAAAGAGGCCAAAACACCGGAAAUUGCUGCCCGGGAUGUGGUCAACUUUGCCACCGAAGUGACGACUGAAGGAGACAAUGCUACCUGUCUGGUGGUACGAAUGGGUGGGUGGGAAAGACGGCAGGAGGGAGGUUAUGGAAGCCUUGCGACCAAAGAGAGUCGUGAUUAUAAACGCCAGAGUGCGUCAGACCCUCGAAGUCGGCGACAGUGA